AUUCCGCUUUGCCUUGCCGGUGCAUCUGAUCUGAGCACAUAGCGCUUCCCCUCCACACAGCAGUUCCACUUCAACACGGCGACUGGGGGCUCCGUCUGCUCAGCGAAGUUGAGUCAACACGCCGGGAAACGCGCUGCCUGGAUUCAUGAGGCACCUCCAUACUCGCAGUCCUCUUUCCUGCGGCGCCGGGGGACUUUCAACCGUUCACGGUUGCAACAGAGCCCCGUUUAGCGUUGGAAAAUAUGUUGGUAGACGCUAACACUACUUAAGUUGCAACCAUUAAACGCCCACUCUCCCUACCUGCGGAUCGACUGCAGGGGAGUUGUUUUUUUUUUUUUAAACCAGCGAGCGGGACACUGCAGAGAACCUUAAACAAUAAGGAUACUCACAGGAGUGAACAAUGCUCAGACUGGAGACCAUCAUUUGCACUUUUUCUGUGCUGUCAUUUGCAGCAAGAGCAGAUUUUAAAGCACGGAACUGCAGCGACGUGAGGGAGGCUUGUAUCGGGAAAGGCUUCAGCUUCGCACAUGUUCCUCUUCAGGAGAUCCCAGGUGACCAUCUUCGUGUAUGUCCUCAGGGAAACACAUGCUGCACCCAGGAAAUGGAGGACAGAUUUGGCCAACAGAGCAAACAGGACUUCGAGAAUCUGCUUGAUGAAAUGAGUCAUGUUUUGAGAAGCACCUUUGUUUCCAGACAUAAGAGAUUUGAUGAGUUCUUCCUGGAGCUGCUGGAGAACACAGAGAGGUCCCUGAAUGAGAUGUUUGUGAGGACUUACGGCAAGCCUUACAUGCAGAACUCGGAGGUCUUUGAGAACCUGUUUGCUGAGCUGAAGCGCUAUUACACAGGGGGGAAUGUUAACCUGGAGGAAAUGCUUAAUGACUUUUGGUCGCGGCUACUGGAGCGUAUGUUCACACUGCUCAACUCCCAGUAUGUUAUCACUGAGGACUAUCUGGAGUGUAUCAGCAAGUACACCGACCAGCUCAAGCCCUUUGGAGACGUGCCCAGGAAGCUCAAGGCUCAGGUUACCCGGGCAUUCAUCGCUGCACGCACAUUUGUCCAAGGGCUCUCUGUUGGCCGGGAGGUGGCCCAGAGAGUGUCUAAGGUAAGCAGCACUCCAGCAUGUAUGCGAGCGCUGACAAAGAUGCUGUACUGCCCUUUUUGUCAGGGCAUGCCAGCAGUGAAACCCUGUAAGAACUACUGCCUGAAUGUCAUGAAGGGCUGCCUGGCUAAUCAAGCUGACCUGGAUCCAGAGUGGAACCAGUAUAUUGAUGCCAUGCUGCUGGUGGCGCAGAGGUUGGAGGGACCUUUCAACAUUGAAUCUGUCAUGGAGCCUAUUGAUGUCAAGAUUUCAGAGGCCAUCAUGAAUAUGCAAGAUAACAGUGCCCAGGUCUCCUACAGGGUUUUUCAAGGCUGUGGGCAGCCAAAACCCGCAGGAAUGACUAGGUCUACUCGUGGUGUUUCGGAUGUGUUCAACGCCCGCUUCAGGCCAUACAGCCCAGAGGAGCGGCCUACCACUGCGGCUGGCACAAGCCUAGACAGACUGGUGGUUGACAUAAAAGAGAAACUGAAACUGUCCAAGAAAUUCUGGUCCAACCUGCCUGAGGUGAUGUGCGUGGAGGACAGAGUGACUGCUGGAAAUACCAGUGAUGAGGAGUGCUGGAAUGGACACACCAAGGGCAGGUACUUCCCUGAGGUCCAAAAGGAUGGACUGACAAACCAGGUGAAUAACCCUGAGGUGAGCGUGGACAUCACCCGCCCAGACACCUUCAUCCGCCAGCAGAUCAUGGCUCUGAGGGUGAUGACUAACAAGCUGAAAAAUGCCUACAAUGGCAAUGAUAUCUACUUUCAAGAUUCAAGCGAUGAAGGCAGUGGCUCAGGUAGUGGCAGCGGCUGCACAGAGGUCUGCCCCACAGACAUGGACGGUGCUGCCACCGAAGCCCCGGUGGUGAGAGCCGACCGAAGCGGGCCUGUGGGUGGCUCUGCCCUGCUCCAUGCACCCUCUGUAGCCCUGCCAACCAUGCUGGCCCUCUCAGCCCUGGCACUCCACCGACAAUGGAGAUAAUGCUGGAGGAAUGGGCCAAACAUGGACAGCAGGGGUUGUAAUUUUUUUUUUUUUUUUCGCAGUUUUUGUAUUCAGGCAGAUUGGAGCUACAGUCAAGCAGACAGUAUUCAGGCUGACAGCCUUGAGGCUAGAGGAGUCUGCUCUGAAAAAGAGAGCAGUCAUGCAUCAUGAUUUCCCACUUUCCCAAAGAUCGUGCAGUGCCAUCUUUAGACUUGAUAUUUUAUGGCAUCACUUCACCAUCUAACACUGAUGCCGACCCAACUCAAAAACUCUGCUUCAGAGAUUGAAAAACAGUAUUUCUUGCACAUAUGGCAGGUAUUAAUGUAGGUCUCCAUGUGGAAAAAUAUAACACGCACUUUGAUUGUUUUGAUUUUUUUAAUUGCAAAAAUUGUUUAUGUGUUGAAAAAUUUUGAGAGUGUGGCUAUUUGAUGUACCUAAAAGAGGCACAAUAAGUUUCAUAUAUGUUUAAUAUUAUAUUUUAAAAUAAAUACAAAGGAUAAUGAUCUCAAUGGCAUAAAAUUCAGGAACAUGUUUCCACCCUAAAAUUUUAAUUGAAUCGUUGUUCCAUUUUCAUUAACUCAUGUGCCACGUACCGAUUUGUGAGAGAAGUGAUUGAAUAUUCAUUGAAACUGUCAUGUUUUCAUGUUUGUUUUUAGAUCAGAUGAAGCCACCAAAUCAUGUUGCUUCAUCUUAUGUUUCACAAUAAUUUUAACCAUGGCAUUUGGCAAGAUUUUAUCAUGGGUCGGUCAUGGAUCUGCUCUGCUCUUAGCUAUCCAUGAAACUGUUCAACAGCCGCCUUAUGCUACAACUCACAUUAUGUUAAAAGGGAUAAGAUUGACAUUUUUAUGUACGCAUUUGCCUUGCAACAAAUGUAUUAUCUGCACAAUAAUCUCAUAUCAUGCUGGUUUCUCAGGCUUGGCUUCAGGAGUAGACAGCCUGGACAGAAUUAUCAUGGAGCAUUUAUUGUAAUAUGGAGACAGUGCCACCAAUGUACAGUAGUGCCAUCAUUGUGAUGCUGGUUCUGUAGUGUGGUGGUGUGCAUGUCCCUGCUUAAAAUCAAUUAAUUCAUGUCAAAGUGGGCUAAACAAAUUAUCACUCAUAUAUAAUGAUUAAUUGAUAACAUGUUUCUGUUUUUUCUUUAUUUUUUUAUCAGUAGGGAUUUAUGUUUCCAUUAAGUGACUGGUUACACAGUGUUUUCACCUAACCACUGUUAAGCAUCAGGGACUUGCGUACACAGCUGCAAAAAAGGAGAUACGCAAAUCAGCUUUCUUAUUUAUUUAAAUGGUUCUAGUCACAUCGUAAAGCCUUAUCAUGACUUUGUCCCGCACACUUUGUGUGAGUGGACAUGCACACAAAAGCACACCAGUUCGAUACAGAAUCAUCAUCACUGAAGGGGUCUUGUGCAGUUGUAAUCUCAAUAUUAAUUCACAGUCAUUUGGACCUAUAAAAGUUUUUUGCUGCAACUUUAGAGCACUCUACAAGUAUUUCCACAGAGAUGCUUGAUAAAUACUGGAAUUGCACAGAGAGCAACAAAAAAGAUGUGCUAGCUACUUUUGCAUGUGUGAUUUAAUAGCCAUUCAGUAGCUGCUUAUUCAGUAGCUGCUAUAACAAUUUAGAUAAAAUAGUCAUUUCAAUGUGCAUUUGUAGCAACAAAACUAAAGUACUGUCAGACAGUAUUAAAAAGUUAAGUUGUAAAUCGGUAGGGUAAAUCACAAAGUUUUCUAAAACAAUUAUUACCUCAGUUAUGUAAAAGGUGGGGGAAUUAUUAAGAGAAGUAGUAGCAAACAGCAUACAGUGGGCACUGGAAAUGCAAAGAAAGGGUCCCUAAAUUUAUCUACAAAGCUUGAAUGGUUAUGUCUGCAGCACAGACAGGCUUGAAGCUGACCACAGUCACCUGUGAAAUGAGAAUCUGUGGAGACUGGACAGGGCUGAAUGCUUCAGUGAAGCUCCUCAGUAGAGCGUACUUACAGAGAAUGUGAGAGGCCUGGCACUGUUGAGGGGGGCGGACAAAACCAGCCUGUAUGUACAUCCACUGUUCUCUGAGAGCCCGUCAGCUCCAUAACCACCAGGCCAGCUAAGCUUACAUAUCCACAGAAUUAGCCUGUGUUAUACCCUUCACAGUAUAUCAGUGAAUAUUUGUUGAGCUUUUCUUUGUUGCAUUUAAGUCAGCAUUUGCAUCCACAUUGCAAGAAAAAAAAUAUGAAGAAAAUCUGUCAGAUGUGUCAUUUAAAAUGAUUCUUUAUUAUGAAUAUUGACCUUACAGGAUGCCCUUUUUAUGUUUUGUAUCAUUGAACUUUUAAUGGUAAUAUUUUUGCUAUAAAAUAUUGAAAAUGGUUGUCUGGUCAGCCAAAUUAUCUGAAAAAUAGAAUUAGCAGGAAAGGCUAUUAGUCAGCAUUUUUUACAAUCAAUGCAUUGCUGUAUGAAUUCAAAUCCUAAUGAGGUGGAGUUUGUUUGGAGUUUGAGUAUAAUUUCAAACUAAGAGGGGAAGAAGAACUAGAUGAGCAAAUAUGCCUUACUGUUUUUCAGUGCAAUUAAGAUGAUUGCAUUUGUGUUUUGUUACUGUUCUUGAGAAUAAAUAUUUAUUAAAAACA